AUGCCUAUACAAGAAGACGAUUGGUCCGACUCUGACGAUGAACAACUGCUCGGCGAGGUAGAGACAUCUGUAUUACUCGGUGUCCCAGACGGCCCCAUCGAUACUCCUUCAGAUAUCGAUGAUGCGGCCGUCUCUCGUAUUGGAGGGCAUCCUGCCUUUCUUCCUUCACGUGAACCACCCUUUUCCUCGUCCCAUUGCAAUUUGUGCUCCAAUCCAAUGGAACUCCUUGUCCAAAUGUGGUGUCCUUUCGAAGACAGCCCCAUGGAUCGUGCCCUCUAUAUCUGGGGGUGUCCAAGAACCGGCUGCCAAGGCAAAGACGGAAGCAUCCGUGCUUGGAGAGGUCUGCGCUUUAAUGCUAAAUAUGCUGCAAAACUCGAACAGAAACUGGCGCGGAAACGCGAACGGGAAAAGGCAAAAGCCGACGCCUUGGCUGCUGAAACAGCGCGAAAGCAGGCUGUUGUUAAAUCAAACCCGUUCUCCAUGUCCAACGUGGCACCAUCAAAUCACAGUGUAUUUGGAUUCGGCGCUCAGGUGUUCGGCAACGUCGAUGUGCCAACCCCCGAAUCUGAGUUAAAGUCAACGAAGGCUGACGUGCCGCCGGAUGAAGAUGAGGGCACAAGUGACACUGAAAGUGAUUCUGGAUCAGAGAAAUCUCUCUUGACGGCGAUGGCCUCGACAUCGAUGGAUGAGUCUCCAUGGAAAUCGGCGCCGUCUUAUCGUCCUCUCUACCUCUCUACGGCGUCCGAAUAUCUUCCACCAUUACCCAAGCCAAAGAUUCCCGCAGGCGCACAGAUUGUCGACCCAGAUGAAGAGGGUAAAGGCGGAAAGGACACUUCUUGGACAUCGGAGGCAUAUGAGAACUCACUCAAUGUGGACAACGUUUUCGAGCGGUUCACCGAACGAGUUGGAUAUGAAGGAGAGCAAUGCGUUCGGUAUGAGUUAAGAGGCACUCCAUUGCCCUUCUCAUCUGACAAAGUGUUCGAGACUCUAUUUCCAACACCACCAGCACCAUCCUUACCCGUAACGAGAGCGGUUUACACGGUUGUCCCUCCGCUCAAACGCGUGUAUAACAGCUCUACAGUCCCAGUAUGCCCCGUGUGCAAAUCCAAGCGUGUUUUUGAGUGUCAGCUGACGCCUAACCUCAUCAACGUGCUGCGCUCGCCUGAGGAGGAGAAGCCAAAGAAAGUGUCGGAUGAAGAGAGGCGGAAAGCCGUGGAAAGGGCGUUGAAGGGCGAAGGAAAGGAUGAGAAGCGGGGCAUGGAGUGGGGGACAUGUUUUAUUUUCUCAUGUGAGAAGGAUUGUUGUUGUAACGAUGAUGGAUGGGAAGACAAGGAGUGCUGGAGGGAAGAAAAAGUUUUGGUGCAGUGGGAUGUGUAG